CGGAGAGCAGAGUGUGUUGGAUAGAGAGGCUGACGAGCACCAUUGGAAAUUUGGCAGGGUGACAAAGGAUUGCCAAGCAGUUCACAUUGCAACAUUUCUUGCAGGUUAGUAAAGUUAAUACCUGAUAACAGUAUUUGAAAGAGGAUAAAGAGAUGCCGCAUGUGCUGAGGAAACAAUGUUUAAUCUGUGUUACUGGUAUUUAUGGUUGCCGCUGGAAACAAGAUGGAUUGCAUCACAACAAAAAGAUAGAGUCUACCUGGAAUAUUGUCCUGUCUUGCUGCUUUGUCAUCAGUAUUUUCUGGUUUUACUGCUGGUGGGCGUUGCUUAAUGACUACAGCAAUUUAAAUGAGUAUUUAUUUGGAAAAAUACAUCGAUGGUUAGAUUGGUCUGUAAUUCUUCUGGUAUUGGCAGCGACCAUCUUUAGCUAUUGCUGUCUGCUCGUGAUACUUGCACUGUGUCACCGUGCUUUGGGUAUACCACUUUAUUUACACUGGAUGAACAAGGUUGCCGUGUUUAUUUCUGCCUUGCUUAUCUUAAUGUUGAUGGUUGUCAUGAGAAUAAUGUGGAAGGAAGAAUGGGACACAAUACACAUGUCUAUUCAAGUAACAGCUCCUUUCAUUCACUUUGGUGCUGUUGCUGCUCUUACCAUUGUGACUUGGCUGAUGGCCAAACACUUUUUCCAAUGUAAAAAACGCGUUUUCCAGAUUGUCUUGUUCAUAUUUUAUCUUGGAUUGGUGAUACUUCUUUAUUUAACUCCUCUUGCAAUCUCCUCUCCUUGUAUUAUUGAAAAGUCAAAAUUGGCACAGAAACCAGAUCUGAUAGGGCACCGAGGAGCACCUAUGUUGGCACCGGAGAACACCCUGAUGUCUUUCAAAGAGACUGUAGAAUGUGAAGCAUCUGCAUUUGAAACUGAUGUAAAGGUUAGCUUGGAUGGAGUUCCAUUUCUAAUGCAUGACAGAACAUUUGAAAGGACAACGGAUAUAAUGGAUAUUUUCCCCAAGCGAGUUCACAAUGAUGCCUCAAGUUUUACAUGGGCAGAGAUUCAGCGGCUCAAUGCUGGAAAAUGGUUUCGGGAGAAAGAUCCUUACAGCACAGCACAGUCAUUACCAAAGAAAUCUCAAGAAGAAGCUUGCAAACAGCACGUUUGUUCACUGGCUGAACUACUGAAACUUGCAGAGGACAAUAAAAAAUUUAUAAUGUUUGACUUGCGAACUCCAACUGACAAAUCUCAUCGACACUACAAUGAUUCACAUAAAGUUGUUGUGGAAACCAUCAUGAAUUCUUCCAUUGACCACAAUCUGAUCCUUUGGCUGCCCAACAAUAAGAAUAGCACCCCUCCUGGUUUCCAGCAGGUUCUGGGAGAUAAACUUGACCCAGAAAUACUGCGAAGGAAGAAAAUUUACAAAAUCAAUAUUCGUUAUAGCAACAUCAGUGAGGCAGAGAUCAGGAACUAUGCAGCAAAAAAUAUCAGCACAAAUGUUUAUGUUGUCAAUGAACCCUGGGUGUUUUCCACACUAUGGUGUGCCAAGGUAAAUUCUGUCACAACCAACGCAUGUCAUAUCUUCAAGAAGAUGGAAGUACCUAUUUGGCACAUGAACCCUGAAGACUAUUUAAUCAUAUGGAUAACUGUAGAUUCUGUGUCUUUCCUGUUGAUUCUUUUAAUAUGCUUCAUUCACUGGUCAAGACACAGACGUGCCAGAGAUGUUAACAUGCACAGAAACACUGAAGAGACUAUACUAUAAUUAAGCUUUGAGACCUCUGUUACUCUAUACUUGCCAUAACCUUUAAUGGCUCAGUAUCACAGGAAUUGUAUGCAAAGUAAAGG